AUGUCAUCAGGGGUGAAAACCGGCUCAUAUCAGGCAGCAUCGCCGUCACGGAGCAUCCUGGAUGGCUUCGCGUCUUCCUCCGACACGCGGCCCAUCAUCCAGGAGAACGUCUACGUCAUCCUGGGCCACGGCAGGUUCCAGAGGGUGGUGCUGUUCUGCGCUGUGCUUUGCCUGACGGUGCUUCUGCUGCACGCGUUCGCCUACCGACUCAUCGGUCGCCCCGUACAGCACUGGUGCCGCCCGCCCAAGGAACUUCUGCACAUGCCCGUCCAGGAGUGGAAGAACGUGGCAAUACCCGUCUUGCCCGAUGGCAGGUUCAGCGAGUGCACCGUCUACGACCCACCGGUGCCGGCUGAAGACGCAAGCGAGCGCAAAGUAGUGUCUUGCACCAAGUGGGAAUACGCCGGCGACCGACAGGAAGACAGCAUCGUCAGCGCCUGGGACCUGGUGUGCGGCCGCCAAUGGCUGUACGCGCUCUCUUCUUCCGCGUACAUGAUGGGAGCCAUGGUAUUCGUGCCACUGGCCGGCAUCGCGUCCGACCACCAUGGGCGCAGGCCCACCAUCCUCGCCUGCUCCUUCACGAUGCUGUUCGCCAGUCUGGCCGCCGGCUCGUCGCAGGUAUUCCCCAUGUUCCUGGCGACACGCUCUCUCGUUGCCGCCACGUCAAGUGCGACCACCCUGCUGGUCAUCAUCGUGCUGUACGAGGUGACGGACAACGAACACCGCGCCCUGUACAACUUACUGGCUACGAGCGUCGGUAUGGUGGUGGCGACGCCGUUGAUGUCCAUCGUGUCGAUGGCCAAUCCGCGUUGGUGGCUAUCGCACGCGUUCCUCGUGACGGUCACGGCGAUGGCGGCUGCCUGGUGCCACAUGAUCGAAGAGUCUCCGGUCUGGCUCAUCGACACGCAUAGAGGUCGGCUAGCCGAGCGCGUCAUACUGUGCGGGGCCGCGCAGAACGGCAUCGACCCUGCCAAGACCAGGGCCACGUUCAAGGCGCUCAGGCAGCAGCUGCAGAAGCGAGAGACGGCGUCCCCCACGCCAACCACCGGCUCCGCCACCGUAGUCACGCGUAGAUGGCGCGCAACAUCCGUGCUCGUUUCCUGGUUCGGUGUGUGUUUUGCUUUCUACGGAACGGGCCUCCGCGAGACGGCGCUCGAUGGCCAGUGGGCCGUGUCGGCAUUCACGCUGCAGGUGAUGCUCCUCGUCGCCGUCUACAACGGCAUCACCAAGUGGGGCCACCGUGUCACGUUGUCCAUGGUACUGGCGCUGCUCUGCGUUUCCAGCACUUUUCGCACUGCAGUACGUCACUGGAACAUGGCCUUCCCCUGGACCGUACUUGCGAGGCUCGUGGUAGACAGCAGCGCUGCAGUCGCCAUGACCGUCAACUACGGCUAUACGACGGAAGUGUUUCCCACCUCGAUACGAAGCAUGGGACUCUGCACGUCGUACUCGAUCGGGCGCGCUGGCGCGCUGCUGGCCACGUUUCUGCACUCGGUGAUUUCUGACGAAUCACUCGUGUUCGACGCCGUCAUGGCGCUGCUCACCUUCGCUAGCGGGAUGGCCAUCCAGUGGCUGCCCGAAAUAUUUGUGCACAAGAAGCAGGUGCCGACCCAGGAGGUGGCUGCUAUGACAGAAGAGAAGCGAAAGCAGGCGCUGAAGGCAUCCUUGGGUCAGGGCACGGAGGCCGUCGCCCGGAAGGCCAAAUAUCGCAAGUCGCGUAGCAGGGCAAAACAGGGCGGGAUCUCACCAAAUGUCCAAACUCCGUCCGGGACGGUGUCCCCGACGGCAACUGGUAGCCCCAGUGCCCAAUCUCUUUCUUCACCCAAAGUUGUAAAACCCUCGAAGCUCAACAAGGCUGGCACAAGCAGCGGAGCCGGUUCGCCACCGUCUUGUGGUCCUAUUUCCCGCUGACCACAUUUUUUUUAUCACGCCAGAUACGUCUGUGCACUGCAAAAAGCACUUUAACAC